GACAUGCAGAAGCCGCGGCUCGGGAGGCUGGGGCUGCGGUGGCGGCGGGCGGCGGGCCUUGGGGCGCGGAGCGACACGGCCUAGCGCGGCGGACGGCCGAGGGGACGUGGGCAGCCGGCCCGGCCCGCCAUGGAGAUGGAGAAGGAGUUCGAACAGAUCGACAAGGCCGGGAACUGGGCGGCCAUUUACCAGGAUAUUCGACAUGAAGCCAGUGACUUCCCAUGCAGAGUGGCGAAACUUCCUAAGAACAAAAACCGGAACAGGUACCGGGAUGUCAGCCCCUUUGAUCACAGUCGGAUUAAAUUGCACCAGGAAGAUAAUGACUACAUCAAUGCCAGUUUGAUAAAAAUGGAGGAAGCCCAGAGGAGCUAUAUUCUCACCCAGGGCCCUUUGCCAAACACGUGUGGGCACUUCUGGGAGAUGGUAUGGGAACAGAAGAGCAGGGGUGUGGUCAUGCUCAACCGUAUCAUGGAGAAAGGCUCGUUAAAAUGUGCCCAGUAUUGGCCACAGAAAGAAGAAAAAGAGAUGGUCUUUGAGGACACACAUUUGAAGUUGACACUGGUAUCUGAAGAUGUCAAGUCAUAUUACACAGUGCGACAACUGGAGCUGGAAAACCUGGCUACCCAGGAGGCCCGGGAGAUCCUGCAUUUCCACUACACCACAUGGCCUGACUUUGGAGUUCCCGAGUCACCUGCCUCCUUCCUCAAUUUCCUUUUCAAAGUUCGAGAGUCAGGCUCCCUCAACCCGGAGCAUGGUCCCAUUGUGGUGCACUGCAGCGCUGGCAUCGGCAGGUCGGGGACCUUCUGUCUGGCUGAUACCUGCCUCUUGCUGAUGGACAAGAGGAAAGACCCCUCUUCUGUGGAUAUUAAAAAAGUGCUUCUGGAGAUGCGCAGGUUUCGCAUGGGGCUCAUCCAGACGGCUGACCAACUGCGCUUCUCCUACCUGGCUGUGAUUGAGGGUGCAAAGUUUAUCAUGGGUGACUCCUCAGUGCAGGAUCAGUGGAAGGAGCUUUCUCAUGAGGACCUGGAGCCCCCACCCGAGCAUGUCCCCCCACCUCCCCGGCCACCCAAACGCAUCCUGGAGCCUCACAAUGGGAAAUGCAAGGAACUCUUCUCCAACCACCAGUGGAUGAGCGAGGAGACCUGUGAGAACGAAGACAGCCUGGCCAGAGAGGAAGGCAGAGACCCCCUAAGUGCUGUGCAUAGCAUGAGCAGCAUGAGUCAAGACACUGAAGUCAGAAGAAGAGCGGUGGCUGGAGGUCUUCAGGGCGCCCAGGCAUCUAUUCCCACCAAGGAAGAGCUGUCCCCAGCGGACGAGGAACAAAAGGCACACUGGCCAACUCACUGGAAGCCCCUCCUGGUCAACAUGUGCAUGGCCACGGCCCUGGCAACUGGUGCGUACCUCUGCUACCGGGUGUGCUUUCACUGACGGACUGCUGUGCGCGCGAGUGUGCUGGGCACUGCUGCUGCCCAGCUUAGGAUUCGGUCUGCGGCGUCUGACCCACUGUUGGGAACAGCUCGCAAGCCUGUGGUGGAACUGGAAGGGCCAGCCCCAGGAGGGGCAUCAGUGCACUGGGCUUGGCAGGAGCCCCAUGGUCCCAAGAACAGUCUAAUCUCAGGGCCUUAACCUGUUGAGGAGAAGUAGAGGAAAUGCCAAAUACUCUCUCACUCGCUCUCACCUCACUCCUCCCCUUUCUCUCUCUGUUCGUUUGUUUUUGGAAAAAAAACUUACAACACAUUGUUGUUUUUAACAUUUAUAAAGGCAGGUUUUUGUUAUUUCUGGAAAAAAAAACGCUAGGCACUCAUGAGAUUCUCUUGUGCCCUUUUGCGUGUGAUUAGAUUCAUGAUUUACAUAGAUUUCCCAAAUGGUCAGGAUGUAAAGCUCCUGCUGGCUUGGGCACCCCCACUGUGUACUCUGAGCUGGCAGGUGUCCUGGAGCCGCCCUGUUGUGAAGAGAGCAGCACAUGCUGCCUCUAAACAGCAAGCCCGGCUCUGCUUUGCUCAGGUGUCCCCGCUGCAUUUCCAAACUCACCUGCACCCUCCACCUCCUUGUGAAGCCAUCUUGCUGAUAUCCCCGCCCUCAACAUCCCAUCCCUAUAAGUGGGUUUCCCUGGGGCCCUGCCUCAGGGUCAAGUUCAUCUUAGGUGGCUGCCAGCACUCACCCUGCGGUUUCCAUUUCAUUUGGAAAGUAAGCACCAUGGUGGUAGAACCCACACUGCUGAGGUGCUAGCAUGACUGACAGGAGGAGGAAGGAGCCUUGGUGUCAUGGAAGCCACCUCGCAGGACUGUUACCAACUUCUGAAACAUUCAGUCCUGUGCUGGUGACCAUCCUUGAAGGCAUCAGAUGAUUUUUGCAAGCUGCAAAGACUUUUUCCUUAGUGGUGCUUUUCAGAGUCAAGACUCAUAAACCACCACCAAGCUUGCCAUGGCUGCCUCCAGUGCUGUAGUGGCCAGGCUGUGGGGAGGCGCGUGUUCUGGAGAAUCCAAGGCAUGCGCUUUCAUGGGGUUGCUACCCAGCAGCACAGCUUGCCCUCCAGCCUCUUGGCUGCAGGCCAAAUGGCCAUGCCGGGGAAGGAAAGCCACUAGCCAGCCGAGCAAGCUGCCAGGGAGGCUUGUUCACACAGAGCCACCACCUCCUUCAGCCAUUAUCUCCCUUUCUGCUUUAUCCUUCCCUGGAGUCCCAAGCCCACGAUCGUGAGGAGUGCAAGGGAACAGCAGAGCAGAGCACUGGCUCAGGCAGGCAGCACGAGUCCCCACACCCUCCCUAGAAACCGCCCACUCUUUAUUUAUUCACCUUUCCCAAAGGCGUCCCCACUGCGUGAGCACGUCCUUGAGCUGAUGAUGUAAGGUGUCAGCCUGGCACCUAGGGCUCUGUCAAGUACAGUAUCAGAUGAGUCCUGGGCUUGAGGCUGACGGGAGCCACUGUACAGCCAGAGCUGGGGCCAGGAGCAGGGGCUGUAGGACAUUGGGAGCUAUCGAGCUUCAGGAACAUGGGACAGUGUGGGCAUGUGUAAAGGCCCUGUGGCUACUGAUGUGAUGUGCGAGAAUGAGACCUGGGCUUUCUCCCCAUGACCUUGUAGAUCCCGUUCCCAAUCUCCACUUUCCCUGAGAAUUCGAAAACAUGAAGUCUUCUGCCCUGGUGUUACCAUGUUCUUGACAUGGGGAAUUUUGAUGCUCACUCAAUAGCAGCCCAUGUCCAGCCACCUCUGCAUACUCUGACCAGAUGUGGCCAUUGUUGAGUAACUGCCUCUCUGUGGAAGCAGUUCUGUCCAGUGCAGAUACUGCAUCACUCCGGCAGGACACCCCAGGCUCGCUGGCCUGCCCUGCCAAACCCCACCGCACCUCAGACAUUCCACGGUCACACCUCAUUCCCUGGACAUUAGGCAAGCAGGGCCCUUCCACCUCUGGAUUCAGUCCCUCCAUUCCAAGUUCACGCUCUUCUGGAGCAGGCCAGGAUUGGAAGGGAACAGCCUGGGUGACAGUCCUUAGAAUCAGCUGUUGUCAUCGCUGGCCUGGGUCACCUUGCCCAGAGGCGUGUCACUCUUGAGCCUGGUAGAGACUGAUGAUGGUGCUCAUGACUCUUCCUGUGAGGGACACAAGACCUCCACAUUGGGUGGCUUUUUUACAAUAAGAAGCGGAGGCAGCUGGAAGUCCAAACUGCCUCUUGCCAGCAUUUCACGUUUUGCCUUUCACCCAGAGAAGCCAGCACAGAGCCACUGCUGGGAAUGGUGGUGGCCUUGCCCACGGAGCCUGGGGAGGUGGCACAGCCAUGGUCCAGACUGGGAGCAGUUGGCAGUGGACUGUACCUGUAGUAGUGGGGUAUGUACAGUAGCCUUCUAGGUGGAUGUCCUGGAGAACGGGCACGCUCCACCCUGUUGCCUGUGUUGGAGGUAGCAAGCUGCUGUAUGCCUUAAACCAACAUUUACUCAGCAGGUCGUUUUUUUUUUUCGAUGGCCAUAGAAUAAACCA